GGCACGCUCCAUUCGGGGAAGAACCGAGCGUUUUUAAUCAAGGCCUUGGAUGACGUAUUCCAGAUAAACAAGAAUUGCAAGACACCAAUCGACUAGGUGAGUCCAACAACUGCGAGUCAGAUUGUGCGUGCUCCUCCAACCGAUCGCAUGUUCCCUUAUUCAUCAGUUUUUGCAAUUUUUUACUGAAACCCCAACCCCAUUCCGCCGAGUGUCUAUAACCAAACCAUUUCCACCGGUCUCGUCCCCUCGACUCGAGUUGAAAAUCAAUGUUCAAUUAUGCCUGAAAAGUACGACAACAUAAAUUUACUGCACAAUGCACUCGCCGACCCCCAGAGUUUCUACAAUUACGAUAUUUCAUUUGCGUCAGCUCACAUGCCUGUGACAACGCCGUACAUGAGCUCCCCGGAGUCAUCCAGCAUGGCGUCCCCAAUGGCGGUGUCGUCACCUGAGGACUUGGACUUCCUGGGGUCGUGCUCUGAGAGCACUCUGCUGAGGCUGGGAGAGCCUGGAGGUAUCACUGCUGAGCCCAUGGAUGCGCCGGAGAUCGAAAUCCUGGAUCAGCCAGUCGAGAAAUUUCGAUUCAGGUACAAAUCAGAGAUGAUGGGGACACAUGGGAGCUUGUCCAGUGUCAGCUCGACGUCGAGGAGGAAGCGACAAGUGCCGACUGUCAAGCUGCUAAACGGGAUAGGCACCAUGAUAAUCCGUUGCACAAUCGUGACGAAGAACGAGGAGCGCCGAAUACCGCACGCCCACCACCUGGUGAAGCGCGAGGGCAACAGUGAGAGCGACACCCCCUACGAGCUCGAAGUGUCCGAGGAGAACGACUACAUCGCCUCCUUCGUGGGCAUGGGAAUAAUCCACACAGCGAAGAAGCACAUAAAAGACGAGUUAAUGAAGAAAAUGAAAGCCGAGAAGCUCGAGGAGAUCCGCAGAAAGGAUCCCACCAGAAAAUCCCUGAGCGUUCGCGAAGACACCGCGAUCCGAAUGGAAGCGGAAUCCGCGCAGAAGUGGAUGGACCUGAACAGCGUGGCCCUGUGCUUCCAGGCCUUCGUCCGCAACGAGCACGGCGUCAUGGAGCCGAAGAGCCAGCCAGUCUACUCGAACACAAUAAACAACCUGAAGAGCGCCUUAACCGGAGAACUAAAAAUCUGCAGAAUCGACAAAUACGCGAGUAGCUGUGCUGGCAACGAGGAGGUGUUUCUCCUCGUGGAAAAGGUCGGCAAGAAGAACAUAAAGAUCAAAUUCUUCGAGCUGGACGAGAAAGACAACGAAAUAUGGACGGACUACGGAAAAUUCUCAGAGCUCGAUGUGCACCACCAGUACGCAAUAGUCUUCCGCACACCCCCUUACAAGGACAGAGACAUCACCGAGCCAAAGACAGUCUACAUUCAGCUGGAGAGGCCAACAGACGGCGAUUCCUCAGAGCCCAUGCAAUUCACUUACAAACCAAUGAACAAUCUUCUCCAGAGAAAACGCCCCCGAAUGUCGUACUCAGACAGCGCUGAUUUGUCCAGUGGCAUCGACUCAACCACAACAAUGUCGAAUCACGUGCUCGCCACGUGGAAGCCCUUCGUGACGCCCCUGACAGCGAGCGAACGAUCAGCAGAAUUGCGAAAGCUACUGGACGAAAAAUGCGACUCUGCUGAGUUUCGAGAUUGCCUAGACAACAUCAAUCUGGAAGAGUACAUGUCGUUGGCCGAGCCGCAAUCAGACUUUGUGUCUGAGUACUCUUCGGACGGGCCACGACCUCGUCGGCUUGCCCCAGAGGGUCCCAACUUCGCAAUUAGUAUUCUGAAACAGGUUGUCGAAUGCCUGAAGAAGAACUUCAAGCUGGAUCAGAGUGUGAUGAAGAUGCUGAGGGAGAGAACUUCUCAUGGUGAUACUCCACUGCAUGCAGCCAUUCGCUAUGGCCAGAGGGACGUUGCCAAGUACAUUCUGACGCUGAUAGCUGGAUAUCCAGAGCUCAACGGUCUCGUUAGCAUCGAGAACGCCUCGGGAAAGACUCCACUGCAUCACGCUGUUUUACUCAAUCAGGCUGACAUUGUUCGAGCUCUUCUGCUUCUGGGGAGUGAUCCCAAUGCCUGCGACAGUCAUGGGUCGUACGCUCUUCACGAGGCUGUGAAGAUGCCAGAGAAUUGGGAGUGUGUGGAUGCCUUGAUUAAAGGUAAAGUUGAUAUUGAACGGCAUGAUGAUGCUGGCCGGACUGCACUCCAUUUGGCUGCUCAGGCGGGCUCGGUACGGGCUGUUGAGCUGCUUGUCAAGGCUGGGGCUGAUGUCAAUAAAUCAGAGCGCUCGUAUGGGCGUACUGCACUGCACAUUGCUGUCGAGGGGAGGCACAUCGAGGUUGUCAGGUAUUUUCUGGAGAAGACAGAUGUGAAUGUUAAUAAACAGAAUUUUGGGGGGAAUACUGCGCUGCAUGCGGCUGUUGUGGAUACUGGAAUUCGGGCUCGGGAACUCUGCAAGCUGCUCACUAAACAUGGGGCUGAUCCAUCCAUCAGGAAUAACCAGAGGGGCUCGAGCAGUCAUGCUAAUGAGGAGGAAGCUGAUGGGGCUGAGGAGGCGGAGGAUAUCAAGCAGGAGACGGAUUCCAAUGAUGAGGAUGAUGUCGAGGGACAGUCGUCUUUUGAUCUUGCGUCGAAGAAUAAGGAUGUCGUUGACAUUUUUUCGGCGGGGGUUGAGGCGGGUGAGGAGAUUGAACUCAAGAUCAAGGAGGAGAUCAUGGACACGGAUAAUGAGGGGGAGCUGGACUGGCUGGAGUUGGAUGAAAUUACGGAUUUGGGGAAUAUUCUGGAGAGCAACAAUGGGUGGAAGCCGCUUGCUCAACGGCUUGGCUGCCAUUCGUUUCUGUCGAAUUCGUUGGAGAAGUCGGGGGCUAGUCCUGCGUUGACUAUUCUCACUUUUGCGCAGGUUCAGGGAUUCACAAUGAGCACCUUACUCGAUUUGCUUGUGGACUUGGAGCAAAAGGAGGCAGCCAAGUACAUCGAGAACAUCAUGAAGAAAAAGACUCAUGGCGCACGAUGAGAACAAAAUCAUCCCAACAAUUCAUAAGCAUUUUUUCUACCAUAAUCUGACUAAUAAUUUUUCAAGCGCAAAUUGUGCAUGUCAGAACUUACUAUAUUUUUUCAUGGAUAGUUCAAUAAGUAUUAUGAAAUCAUAUUAUUUACAAAGUUUGUAUGACGAAUAAUUGAGUGAUGAUAAAUGUAUAAAAGAUGAAGAAUAAUGUAGAGAUGAUAUAUUGAAUAAACUAUUUUUUCGGUAAUAA